AUGGCUGAAUCAAAAAGAAUUUCAAUUUCUGAAUCGUUCUCUGUAGACUUUAAUGGGAUUUCUGCAAGCGAAAUUACUUCAGAUGCAUCGUACAUACCUAAUCAUUAUAAUGUUAUUCGAUCACAAUUUAAAACAAUUCCACAAUGUCCAUUACAACCACCACCUGAUCUUAAAACGUAUCGUGAAAUUAGAGAAAAGAAAACAGGACGUUCUAUUGGAACAGAUAAAGCAGGGUCAUCAUUAUUUUCUGGAUCAAUGAUUUCAGAUAUAACUAAUGUCACUGCUAACUCAGUUCAAAUGCAAGAAAAGAUGGAAUCAAUGCAAAUAGAAUUUCCAUUAGAAUUUAAUGGUAAAAGUCAUUCACCAAAAGUUGAUGAAAAGUAUUUAAUUUAUUCACAAAGAGAAUUAGAAGAUCUUAAAAGAAUUGUAUUAUUAAUGUUAGACCAUUGUCCACAAACAUUCAAUCUUUUAUUUGAUUCAAAAACUGCAUCAAGUACGAGUAGAGGUAUUUUGGCUAUGACAGCAUCAACCCAAACAACAAUAAAUUUUAUUCAAAAAAUCAUGAAUUUAGAAUUUGAAGAAAAUGCAGGUACUGAUAAAUUAAUGAGAGAAAAUUGUCCAACAAAUUUAUUAUGUAAAUCUUUAUUUGAGGCAAUUGUUCCAGAAGUUUUUGUUGAUAAAGUCAAAGAAUUCUUUACUGAAUUUAUAAACUUAAAAUCAUCUUUUGAGAUUGAUGAUUUAUUUGUUGAAAAUGAUGAUGAGAUUGAAUCUAAUUUCGAACUUCUUCAAAGUUGGACUGAAAAAUAUAUCAAAAUAGUCACUGAUUUUUUCCCAUCACUUCCACUUACUAUCUUCCAGAUUUGUAAUGUUUAUAGAGAAUUAGUUAUUAAACAUUUACCUACUCUUCCUAAAGGUGAAGCUGACGUUAUGACUGUUACUUUUCUCACUCAAAAUUGUUUUAUGUCUAUUAUUGAAAAUCCUGAAAAAUUUCAUAUUAAAGGAUUAAAGAAAAGUUCUCAUAUUGUUGAACGUAAUUUUACUAUUCUAACAAAUGUCUUAAAAACAUUAUUUGCAGGAAAAAAAUUUAGUAAUAAAAGACAUGGGUAUAUGGCACCAUUAAAUCCAUUUAUUGAUUCAUCAUUUAGCAGAUUACGUGUUGCUGCAUUAAAAAAUUUAAAGGCAUCAAGUUUAACAAUUACAACAUUAAAAGAAAGUCAAUUAAUGGAUGCUCGUGCUAUUUCAUCUGUUCAUAGAGAGUUUUCAGAAAAAGCAAAUACAUUAAUGAAUGGUUUCCAAGGACAUUUAAGAUUAUUGUUUUUAGAAAAUAUGUUAGAUUUAGGAAGUUAUGAACGAAAAUGUAAUCAUUUAAAUGCAUUUGAUCUUGAACAAGUUAAAUUAUUCAGAAAGGAAAUUACUAAACAAAAAUUAGAUUGUUAUUUUAUUAUGAAAGGAACAGUAAUUUGUGAAAAGAAAAAAGAUAAAAAUGAUGUUAUUCUUUAUGAUAAAAUUGAUAAGAAAAAUGCUACUGUAUGUGCAUGUUUUAUUACUGAAGAUUUCUUAACAUUUGUUGAUUUAAAAGGAAAUACAUUUGUUAAAAGAGUAUUUAAUAGACAAAUUAAUUCAAUUCAAGUUAUUGAAGGGGCUGAACAACAUAUUACAAUUGAUGCUGUUAAACAAACUCUCUUUAUUAAUGGAGACAAUAAUAAUUUGUUUAUUGUUUAUUUAAUGAGAGCAUUUGCUCAUGGAUAUUAUAGAAAACCAACAUUCUCUCUUAAAGCACCAUAUGUAGUUACUACUCGUAUUUUACCAUAUCCAUUAAAUUAUAAAAGUCAAUCUGGAGGAUUCCUUGGAGUAUAUAAAGCAAAUUGUGCAUCAUUUGGAGUUAAAAUGAAUAAUGGAUUAGUUUUCGAUAUUGCAAAUGAUAUUAGAUUACAAACACCAGGAGAAGAAAGAACACUUGAUCUUAGUAAAUAUUAUAAUGAUGAUUAUAAUAACACUAAAGAAGAUUGUUUAUUAGAUACUGAUAUGCAACCUAUUUUUUGUUCUAUUACUCAUAACCAUUUCUUUAAAAAAAUUGUUAUACAAGAUACUAAUCUUAGGAGAUGUUAUUCACAAUUAAAAGAUAUUCUUGCUACAAAUACUACGAUUGAAUCACUUGCUUUAAUUAAUGUUUCAUUAGGUUCUAAAUGGGCUGAUGUUUUUGAAGGAUAUAAUUAUAACCCAAAACAUCCGUUAUUAGAAUUAGAUGUAUCAUCAAACCAAAUGGAUUCUAAAGGAAUUGCUGCUAUUGGAGCUGUUAUAAGAUGUUAUAGACUAGAAUCAAUAAAUUUAGCUAAUGUAUUAACACACAGUAGUACUGUUUCUGCUUUUCUUGAUGAUUUAAGAAAAAUUAAAACAAGUAUUCCAUUACGUUCAUUAAAUAUUUCUGGAGCUCAAAUGUAUUAUACACAAACUGAGUUCCUAGUUUCAUUAAUUAAUGGAAUGUUACCAUCAUUAACUGAAUUAAUCAUGAAAGAUUGUGAAGUACCUAAAGAAACAAGUUUAAUAAAAUGUGUUUGUGCAUUAAAGAAGGUUGUUAAAUUAGAUAUUACUGGAUUAAAUUUCAAUCAAGAAUUAAUCCAACAUUGUGUUGAUAAUCUUGGAAGCAAAUUAGAUCAAAUUACUAAUCUUUCCUUAGAGAAAGCUGUUAUUGAUAAAACAACAUUAAGAAAGUUCAUUGAAGAAAUUCCAGCAAAAUCAGUUUCAUUAGAUUUAAGUGAAUCAUCGCUUACAACAGAAAUUAUGACAUCAUUCUCUCAUAUGUUUGCUGGACUAACUUCUAUUAAAACAAUUAAUGUUUCAUAUACAGAUAUUGGAGAUGAAGGAAUUAUUUCCCUUUGUGAAGCAUUAACACAAAAUACUGUUGUCGAAGAAUUAAAUAUUUCUGGUUCAUUUGGUAGGACAACAAAGAAACAAAGUGAUACAUCAACAGAAGUUGUUAAAGCAAUUUGUAAUUUGUUAGUUUCAGGAUGUCCAUUAAAAAUUUUAAGGAUGGCUGGAGGUAAAAAAGAGUCUCAAAAAUUAGGUAUUAAUAUUGUUCCAAUUUUUGAUACUCUUGUCAGUCAAAAUCAAUUAGAGGUACUUGAUGUUAGUGGACAUAAUUUUGGAAACAAAGGUGCAUUUUCAUUGUCAAAUAUGAUUCGUAGUAAUUCUAAAUUAAACGAACUUAAUUGGGACGAAAAUAAUGUUGGUGUAUCUGGAAUGAGAUCGGUUGCUUUGAAAUUAAAACAUAACAUUACUCUUCUUAAUUUCCAAAUCCCAGUUAUGGACUGUGGUUCCUUAACUGGAAGAGAUUUGUUAGAAGCUCGUAAUAUCAUCAACGAUAUGCUUAUUUCUUCUAAUUAA